AUGGUUUGGUGGGAGGGAGGGCACAGGGAUGGAGGGAGGGCACAGGUACGGUUUGGUGGGAGGUUAGGGAUGGAGGGAGGGUACAGGUAUGGUUUGGUGGGAGGUACGGUUUGGUGGGAGGUUAGGGAUGGAGGGAGGGCACAGGUAUGGUUUGGUGGGAGGUUAGGGUUGGCGGGAGGGUACAGGUAG